AUGGCAGACCCCGAGGCAGUGGCUAAGGCCUUCACAGAUCACUAUUAUGCCACCUUUGAUUCCAACCGGGCCAACCUGCUGGGCCUGUACCAGGAUCAGUCCCUCCUCUCCUUCGAGGGACAGAAGUUCCAGGGCGCGCAGCAGAUCGUCCAGAAGCUGGCCUCCCUGCCAUUCCAGAACUGUCAACAUCGCAUCUCGUCGACGGAUGCCCAGCCCUCCGUUUCGGGAGGAGUGCUGGUGUUUGUGACUGGACAGCUCAUUACGGAGGGCGAGAGCAACCCCCUGAAAUUCAGUCAGACGUUCCACCUGGCGCCCCUGAAUGGCAGCUUUGUGGUGACCAACGAUCUCUUCCGCUUGAACUACGCCUGA